CUCCAUCAACUAAAGCAAACAAAGCAUCAAAGAAGAACGAAAAAAUCAAGAAACCAACACGACAAGUGAUACUACAAAUGGAUUUUGGUAGGUUCCCUAUAAUCUCAAUCCUCGAAGACAUGCUCGAAGUCCCUGAGGAUCACAACGAGAAGAGCCGCAACAAUCCAUCGAGAGCGUACAUGCGAGACGCAAAGGCGAUGGCAGCCACACCAGCCGACGUGAUGGAGCAUCCGAACGCGUACGUUUUCGUGGUGGACAUGCCUGGGAUCAAAGGAAACGAGAUCAAGGUUCAGGUAGAGAACGAGAAUGUGCUUGUGGUGAGCGGAGAGAGGCAGAGAGAGAAGAACAAAGAGAACGAAGGUGUGAAGUAUGUGAGGAUGGAGAGGAGAAUGGGUAAGUUUAUGAGGAAGUUUCAGCUGCCUGAGAAUGCAGAUUUGGAGAAGAUUACUGCUGUUUGUCAUGAUGGUGUUUUGAGGGUGACCGUUCAGAAGCUUCCUCCUCCUGAGCCUAAGAAACCAAAGACUAUUCAGGUCCAAGUUGCUUGAGUUUCUGGAUUUCUCCUUUUGUUUGGUUCUCGGGUCUGAAUGUGAGAGAUUGCGUGUUGUGUGAUCUAAAAUGUAAUAAAAAGUGUCUGCUCUGUUUUAAUUUUCUUUCUC